UUAGAUAUUUUUCUGAAAAACCAAAGUAAAUAGAGGAGAAGAGAGAGAGAGAGAGAGAGAGAGAGAGAGAGAGAAACAUUGGAUCCACAAAGUAAAGAACACUGUUUUCUUUCACCAGUGUCUUUCUUCACUACGUGCGCUAUAUAAAUUUUCUCACAGAUUCCUUUCUCCUCGAGAAAAAAGAAAAAAAAAACAGAAAAAGAAACCUUUUUUCUCUUUCUCUUCACAUCUCAGGAAGUGACUGGAGAGACUCAGAAAAAAAAAAGAAAAGGAAGGAAUCUCUAAAACCUUUCAAUGGGACUUCGCUGCUCAAAGCUAUCUCUCUGUUGGUGGCCAACACAUCAGAAAUCAACUCUCAACGACGCUUCUGAACUAGGAGAAAACGGAACAGAGGAGUUGCCGUCGUUUACGGAGUUCAGCUUCGACCAACUACGAGCUGCAACUUCAGGUUUCUCCACGGACAGCAUCGUCUCGGAACACGGAGUUAAAGCUCCUAACGUCGUUUACAAAGGCAGACUCGAAGACGGCCGAUGGAUCGCUGUUAAGCGCUUCAACAGAUCCGCUUGGCCCGACACUCGUCAGUUUCUGGAGGAAGCAAAAGCUGUGGGGCAGUUGAGGAGUGAGAGGUUGGCGAACUUGAUUGGUUUCUCUUGUCAAGGAGAUGAGAGACUCCUCGUUGCUGAGUUUAUGCCUUUUGAAACUCUCUCCAAGCAUCUCUUCCACUGGGAUAGCGAGCCAAUGAAGUGGGCGAUGAGGGUGAGAGUGGCUUUGUAUCUUGCACAAGCACUCGAGUAUUGCAGCAGCAAAGGUCGCGCCUUGUACCAUGAUCUCAACGCUUACAGGAUCUUGUUUGACCAGGAUGGUGACCCUAGACUAUCUUGCUUCGGUCUUAUGAAGAAUAGUAGGGAUGGGAAGAGUUACAGUACUAAUCUGGCUUUCACACCUCCUGAGUACCUUAAAACAGGGAGAGUGAUUCCUGAGAGCGUGGUGUACAGCUUCGGAACGCUGUUGCUAGAUCUUCUCAGUGGCAAACACAUACCACCAAGCCAUGCGCUUGAUCUGAUUCGUGGGAAGAACUUCAUGAUGCUAAUGGACUCGGCUCUCGAAGGUCAUUUCUCAAAUGAUGAUGGAGCCGAUUUGGUUCGCUUAGCUUCCCGUUGUUUGCAGUAUGAAGCUCGUGAAAGGCCUAAUGUGAAAUCUCUUGUCACCUCACUCGCUCCUCUUCAGAAGGAAACUGAUGUUCCUUCCUAUGUCUUACUGGGGAUUCCACAUGGAGCUGCUUCUCCAGAGGAAGCAACCUCGCUGACCCCUCUUGGAGAUGCUUGUUCAAGACUUGACCUCACUGCGAUUCAUGAGAUUCUUGAGAAAGUGGGUUACAAAGACGAUGAGGGCAUAGCAAAUGAGCUCUCGUUCCAAGUGUGGACCGACCAGCUUCAGGAGAGUUUAAACUCAAAGAAACAAGGAGAUGCUGCGUUCAAAGGAAAAGACUUUGUCACUACCAUUGAAUGUUACACGCAGUUCAUAGAAGAUGGCACAAUGGUAUCGCCAACUGUUUUUGCAAGGAGGUGUUUGUGUUAUCUGAUGAGCAACAUGCCUCAGGAAGCUCUUGGUGAUGCAAUGCAGGCGCAAGUGGUGUCUCCUGAGUGGCCAACGGCUUUCUAUCUCCAGGCUGCUGCUCUCUUCAGCCUUGGAAUGGAUAAAGACGCCUGUGAAACCCUGAAAGAUGGAACUUCCUUGGAAGCCAAGAAACAGAGUAAAAGAAACUGAAAACUUUUCAAGUGUAUAGGUUUCUUCUCUCUUUCGUCUUCUGAAGAAAAGCCUCAUUUUCUUUUGUUUUUUUUUUUAUCAAGCAUUUGAGCUAACUCGUGCUUAAAAUUGUGAGUUCCAAGUUGAAGAGAUGAUUCAAAACUCAAAUGUGAGUUGAAAUUGAAUCAAGAAAAGAGGAUCUUUCUCAUUGAUUUCCAAGAUCCUUAUCUGCUA